AUGCAUCAGAAAAGAGAGAUAGUUUUCAAUAUAUCCCAAAAUUUCAAAAUUAUUAAGGUGCUUGGUGAAGGUGCAUAUGGUGUGGUAGUUUUAGCGAUACACACACCUUCAGGUACCAAAGUGGCUAUAAAGAAAAUUGUUCCAUUUAAUAAACCAUUAUUCUGUGUAAGAACUCUUCGAGAGAUUAAGUUGCUAACCAAAUUCCGAAACCAUGAAAAUGUGAUUCAGCUUUACGAUGUUCAAAAGCCAUUGGAUUUUGACCAUUUUGAUGAGGUAUACUUGAUUCAGGAGUACAUGCCGACGGAUUUACAUCGAGUAAUUUGUUUUGAAAAAUUGACAGAUGAUCAUAUAAAAUACUUUAUUUACCAAAUUUUAAGGGGUUUGAAAUUAAUACACUCCGCCAAUGUUAUACAUAGGGACUUAAAGCCUUCCAACAUAUUGAUUAAUGAUGCUUGUGAUUUAAAGAUUUGUGAUUUCGGACUAAGUCGAGUACUUCAUGAUGCAGGUGGUGCGGCUCAAAAUUCUGGAAUCACGGAAUUAACUGAGUAUGUUGCGACUCGGUGGUAUAGAGCACCAGAGAUAAUGUUGACCACUUCACAGUAUACCACAGCGGUUGAUAUGUGGUCGGUGGGGUGUAUUCUUGCUGAGUUAAUACUGGGUAAGCCAAUAUUUCCAGGUAAGGAUUAUAGAAAUCAAAUUUAUUUAAUAGUGAAGUUUCUCGGGUCGCCAACCGAGUCCGAUUUAAACUACAUAAAAUCACCAAGAGCGUUGGCUUAUAUGAAUUCAAUACCAAGGUUUGCCAAGCAGAACAUUUCUGAGUUUUUUCCCAACUCUAGUAAGUUGUCAUUAGAUCUUUUAUCAAAAUUAUUGCUGUUUGACCCUAGAAAGAGGUUAACGGUCUUGGAAGCCUUGGAACACCCCUAUUUGGAACUGUACCAUGAUUUAAAUGACGAGCCUGAUACAGCACCCAUUGAAGAGCAAGAUUUCCACUUUGAUCAAAGCAGGAACCAUAAUAUAUUAGAUUUAAAGUUAGAAAUGUUCAAUACGAUAUUGACGUUGAACGCAUAG